AAGAGUCAGGGCUAGAAUGACCUUGGCUCCAUAAUUUUCAUAUUUCUGUGUUCCUUUGGGGGAACUAAAGUUUUUGGUAGACAUAAUAUUGGCCUAGGCUACACAGGCUUUUUUCACAGUGUGUGUCUACUGUGGGGUGUUCUUGCAUCCGUUACAGGACCUUAGGGUUGUGUAAGCUGCUACUGGUGUGUGUGUGUUUGACAUGGAAAGAGACGAUAUCAGUAUGACGAGGCACAGCUUGUGGGAACUCUAACAGAUGUCUGGGGAACUGUGAGGACGGGUGAAACUCUUCAUCUCCAUGGCGUCUCUCCUACAGAGAUGAACAGAUCUCAAUUUUACAGACUGUCAAAUCCUUUCAUCAAAUCAGAGGGAGAAAACAGCAGUUGACCGUGUUACAGCUUCUGAAGAGACAUCUUGUUGAAGCUGCCAUUUUCAUGGUUGAUGUGAUGAGCAGUCUCUAAAAAAACAUGACGGUGAAAAUAGACGUUCAUCUUACCUACUGUGCCUCCGUGUGAAGACGGGAUCAUGAGUGCUCAGCUCCCUCACGAGAGCGCCCAGUGCGAAUAUGCUGGAAUACUGGGAGACAGCGACGACAGCGAUGAAGAACCUUGUCCUAGUGACAAGUUGGCUGUGGCCUGGGACGACCUACCUAUACUGGAGAGACUUGGACUCACCAGUGGGGCAGAUAUGACUGAAGAGGAAGUGGAGAGCGAGUUCUCGAAGCUGGCGAUGGCGUUCCGCUGUGACCAGUACACUCUGAGCCAGCGGCUGCAGGCUGAGGAGCAUGACCGCGUCAUAGCCCAGGAGAACCUCACCCUGGAACUGCAGCGCGCCAGGGACUCUCUGGAGGCUCUGAGAGGCAGGUGUGCUGACAGUGAGAGGUCCCACAUGCUGAGCUGUAUUGACACUAGUCUUGACACGGUGCUGGGCAGCAUGGAGGACAUCAUCAGCACUGCUGAGAUGCUGGGGGCCGUGCACCAGGAGGCUCGUGUGAGCUGCUCUGUAGAGCUCAUGCAGACCCACAUGCAGCACCUGAGACUGCGUCACUCCGCCCACAACGUUCAGCUGCAGGAGACCAGGAAGCUGCUGCACCGCUGCCGAGGAAGGAUCCACAGUGACUCAGCAGAGGAUGGAGAUGUCCGACAGUUGUUUGUACGACAGGGGUCCCAGCAGCACCUCAUGAGAAGGAGAGUCAGUGUUACACUUCUACCGACACAAGCACAGCUCAGUGACCUGGAGGUCAGGUUCAUGGAGGGCUGCAGGGCCGGUGGAGACACAGACAGCCAGGGGCCAACAGAGGACGCUGUCUCACACACCACCAGAGCGCUCCUUUCUCCUCAGACAGAACUCCUCCCAGAGCACCCAGAGCCUGGAGGACGACAACGACCCCAGUUCUCGGCCCAUGGCUCUCCGUCACAGGCGGAAGUCAGCGAUCCAGGAGUGGGAGGGGAGCACAGAGGAGGCAGAGGUCAAGGAGUCGACCACCAGGUCACCACCACGGCCAGGGGCAAGAAGCACGGAGGAGCUCAGCCAGCUCAGCUCAUCUGACUCUGUCUCUGUGGACCAGUGAGUCUUGGUAGUCUGUCAACAUUGUUGUCCCUUCAUUUAACACAAGUCUCAGUGGCUGCACACCCACUUUACAACAUGGCACGAAGAUCACUCCAUGGUAAGUGUGCACUUUGCUGUUGCUGCCUGCCACAGUCAAAAUGUACUCUUCUGCGCAAGCAACGACUAACAAGCCAACAAGUGCAGUCUGUGUCCCAAGACAGUACAACCACAUACUGUACACAUCUCAAAUACAGCAUACACAAAAAGGUGAAUUUUAUAGAUAUCUUAAUAUGUAAUGUAAAGAUAAGUGCUGUGUACGGCGACCGUAGAUCAAGUCAUUAGUUGAGGAAGGCUGUUAGAAGGUGCAUUUUUGGAAUUAAUGAAGGUCAGGGUCAAGGGUUUGACCUCAGUGGGGGCGUGGUCUGUGAGAACCAGGAAGGAAGGUUGGGCAGAUGGACAACUGCACCCUGGAUGAGCUGGUGAGAAGGGAGAAGUUGAGAUGAGUGAGCGCCGUGGCCUGGAUGAACAGCUGGGUGGAAAACCUGGUCAGGAACAGUUGGAUUGUGAUGUUUCUCUGUGGUGUGAUUUAUAAUCCUGUCUUGUAUUUCUGUAUUAAAGAGUUAAGGACAUUGUCAUAUGGAGAGGACUAUAUUGAUGUUACAGUUGCAAGGAAUGUCAAUGAUGUUCUAGGUCUCAGACUCUCUCCCACCCUCUCUCUCUCU